AUGAGAGUUGGUAGUCUUCAUGUUCUGCUGCACCUUCUCAAACAACCCGCUGCAAAGAUUCUCCUGACCGCGGGUUUCGUGUACCUCCUCGCCUUCCAGUAUUGUCGAAUCCGCUUCUGGCGUGAUCCUCACUCGGCGUUUUUCGAUAUUCGCAAUGUAUUCGAGUGGAAAUACAGUCUUUUGCGAGAGCAUCAAGCUCAGCAUUUCACGUCUGUAUACAACGCCCCAUCUGACAGCGGGGUCGACGACAAGUUUGGCACUGAUCGCCCCCUAAUGUGUGCCGCGCUAGCCACCGUAAAACGCGACAAGGACGAUUACUUCGAGGCGACCGUGGGAUCUUUGUUAGUUGAUCUAGACCCUCGAGAACGACACGCCCUCCACCUAUCGGUGCUGUUUGCAAAUACCGAUCCAACCCAACAUCCCAGCUGGGAUCAAAGAUGGCUGGGCCGGCUAGUGGAUUCAGUGUCCACAUACAAUGUCUCCGAGGAGCAGUUUCACCAUUUGCAAGAGUUAGAAGAGCAGCAUAACUUCUAUGAAAAGGGUGUAUACGAUUACAUCUACCUACUCAACCAAUGUCUCGAAACGGGUGCUCCAUACAUAUUUAUCCUCGAGGACGAUGUCAUACUUGCAGACGGCUGGUUUGUUAAAACCAUGAACGGUCUACACCAAUUGUCCCACGGACCGACUGCUCACAACAAUUCGUGGAUCUACCUUCGCCUCUUCUACACCGAAACCUCCCUUAUGUGGUCGUCCUCGGAUUUCUGGUACCGAAACAUGCCUCUGGCAUUUCUCUUGGUCAUGGGAUCUGGAUGCGCUCUUUUGUUAGCCAUUCGGCGACACUGGCCUACCACACUUCCCGCCCUUAACAAUUGGACUAUCGCGGCCGUGUGUUUGGUAGUUAUUCCUGCAUUUACGGGGCUGUUAUACAUGAUGGGUAAAUACUCCCUGCUUCCUCUGGAAGGUGUAGUGGAGAUGAAUGGGCCAGGAUGUUGCACGCAAGGGCUGGUAUUCCCUCGCGAGCAAGUACCGGCCUUGAUAGCUCGUCUACAAGAAAAGAAAAGCGGUCAGACGGAUAGCAUGAUUGAGGAGUAUGCUGAUCAGACUGGCUUAACACGGUUGGCGCUGGCUCCGCAACAAUUACAGCAUGUUGGAUUACGAUCCAGUCGCGACAAUCUUGAGGUUAAUACUCAAAGCACCUGGGCUUUCUGGUUUGAGGAGAACGAUGCUCGGAAGUUGAAGGCUGAGCAUGAACGGCUCCUGGCUGCGAGUGAUCAUUAUUGGCUUUUGGAUUGA